GAGCACGGCACCUGCGGCCAUGUCGGAGGGUUAGAGCAGCCGGAGCUGGAGGUAAGAGGAUUCUGUCCGGUCAGGAUCAGGUGCUGCUCGGGUCCACUCCAAGCCGAGGAAGGUAGCCCUGGCAUUUAGUAUAACCGCGCGCCACCUACCGAGCCUUCCCCGCAAGUGCAAGUGCCAGAUUUCCCAAUGACCUCCGUGAGCAGGCGGCAGCUGCGCGCUUUUUCCGGAGAUUUGAACACCAGCGUACUUGUCACCAUGCUGGCGUGUGUGCUGUCUCGACGUUUUUGCCAGGUUGCCGCCGACCUGAACCGCAGCUCCUUACUUCUGAGGACCUUUGCAACCUCAAAUGCAAAAAACAGCGAAAAACCCAACAAUGAUUCAGUGGUCACCUAUGAGCAGCUGAAGUCCAUGUUGUCCAACCACAAUAUUCAGCUUUUUGAUGUCCGAAAUCCGGAUGAAUUCCAGGCUGGGUGCAUCCCGGAAGCAGUCAACAUCCCAUUGGACAACCUGGAGGAAUCCCUGAAGUUGUCUCCUGAGCACUUUAAGAUGAUUUUUGAAGUGCGGGCCCCUGGGAAAAACGACGACAACAUAGUGUUUCACUGUCAAAGAGGAAACAGGAGCCUCAAGGCGCUGGACAUUGCCCACCGGCAGGGCUUCAGCAGGGCACGACAUUAUAAAGGAGGAUACAGUGAGUGGGCAGAGCGUGAGGGAAAAUGAAUCCACACCUAAUGUCCAAACCAGGGGACUGAACUCUGAGCACCAGCCCAGGCAAAGGCAUUAUUCAAUCAAAACAUUCAGCCUACAGAAUAUGAUUGAAGGAUAGAACAUAUCAGCAACAGCAACACACAGCAGCCUGUAGUUUGUAGUGAAUGUUUACUUUAUAAAUAAAUAGUACUUUAAUAUAAUAUUAGAAGCCUAAGCAGAAUGAUUGCACAUAUUGUUCUGAUACAUUUUUGAGCUACUGAUUGUUUUUUUUUUUUUCAUAUGCAGGGUAUUCUUUUGAAUGACAAACUACUGAUUGGUAAAGAAGAAUUGUGAUUACUGGGGAAGCGCUUGUUGUUGACUAACUCAAUAAAUUUCAAGAUGGCAUUUGCA